AUGCCCACACACGCAGAACAACACAAUAUGCAGUCAGAUCCCUCAAUCCCGCCGUCGAAUGGCAAGAGUCCGUGGAAAAAGCUCCCAWUGGAGCUUAAGGGCUACAUACUCUGGCUUGAUUACGCACCUGACGGAAUUUUGCGCAUAAUCAAGGUAGGCUUCAACACUAUGUUGGUCGUACCUCGCAUUGGGCCAUGCAACUAUCGUCAGAUGAAGAAGGGAACUCUUCAAGAAGCAUUUGCUGAGGAUCUCUACGAUGAGACUUCACGUCGCGCCAUCUUCAGAAACCACGAAGGGCGCUUUGUCGAUUGGGCACUGGACAGAUACGUUGGGGAAACAUGGCUCAUAUUCCGCUCUCUUUCCGCUUACAAACAACUGAUGCGAAGAUAUUAUCAAUAUAAACCUACAUGGACGAUGUGGAUGUCAAAUGCCACCAAGAUAUCGCUGGACAUUCCCGCUGGCGAUCCGGCCGAGAAAUCCAAGGAUAUACUUGGGGAGUUUGCUGCAGUGCUACCUAAUAUUCGGUGCCUGCGACUCUGCAUAUCGCCUUCCUUUUUCCGUGGAGCCUACAAGGACAUUACAACUCGCAUCUGGAAUGCCGAGGACGUUGCCAACUUUUUUCGAAACACUCGGGUUACGAAAAUGCAUAGCGAUGCCACUCUGGUGGUGGAGGGUGUCGUCGGUGGGCACCUCAGUGAGGUAUUUGAGAGAAACCUCGAGACAUAUCGCCGAUUUCUUGAUGGAGAUAUGGCGGGAUCGCGGCACAAUCUUCGUCUCCCAACUUCAUCGUCGGUGGUUGCUCCAUUCUCGAUUCCGCCAGUGGACGGGAGCUGUCCAUGGCAGACCUUGCCACGGGAGCUCCAGGAUGCCAUCUUUCAGCUCGCUUACGUUCCUCCGACCAACCAACUCAAUGUCAUGACCGCAGAGCGAUGGUAUGAAAUUCACGGUGAAGACUCUGGAGUCUGUCUGGUCUGUCGUUCUUGUGUACAAGGCACAUGCGGGUGGUUGCAGGACGAGGAACCCAUUGCACUAACGCCAUUCAUUGCCAAGUUUCUGAUAUCUCGGACAUGGUUCAACAACAGCUGGAAGCUAUUCCUCGCCGAAACUACACUACAUUGUGCUCAAACCGAUCUCAAAUCCCUUCUGCCCAUCCACGGCACUGGCGAUGAGGAUUUAUCCUGGACUCAGGAUAUCACGCGCAUCAGUCUGACACUCACCACGCACAACGACCAAGUGCUUCUGAAACGCCUCGAAGAAUUCCCGGCUUUGAGAAAUUUGCAUCUCUGCUUCCACCCUUUCUUUUUCCAGAAACGACACAACAGACAGGACAUCACGACCGUUUUAUGGACGGAAUCCGAUUAUCUCAUGUGCUGGAAUGUCUGGAGACCGCCUCCUACUUGCAACAUUACGGUUCGAGCGAUGAGUCAUGUGGAGAUAUUCAAUCUUCAUGAUAUUUGGGCCAAGCAAGGGCGUAAAUUCGGCCAAGAGUAUAUCCAAAUCACGCAGAUUUUCGCGAGUAAUGUGGGAUUCUAUGGAUGGCUUCUGGAAGUGCAUGUUCGGCAGGAGAGGGUUAGGGAUGAGGAUAUCCCGGAUACUUUAGCAGGAGUGCAGGAUCUUUGUGCGAUUAAUCCGAGGGGUAUGUUGGAGUUUUUGCGGGAGGUUAAGAGGGAGAGGAUGGAGAGGAGGAUUUUGGGGCGUUGA